AUGGGCAAGGAAAAGCUUCACAUCAACAUUGUGGUGAUCGGCCACGUGGACUCUGGAAAGUCCACCACCACUGGCCACCUGAUCUACAAGUGCGGUGGCAUUGACAAGAGGACCAUCGAGAAGUUUGAGAAGGAGGCUGCUGAGAUGGGGAAGGGCUCAUUUAAGUAUGCCUGGGUGCUGGACAAGCUGAAGGCAGAGAGGGAGCGUGGCAUUACCAUUGACAUCUCACUGUGGAAGUUUGAGACCAGCAGGUACUACGUCACCAUUAUCGAUGCUCCCGGACACAGGGAUUUCAUCAAGAACAUGAUUACUGGAACCUCCCAGGCGGACUGUGCAGUGCUGAUCGUGGCGGCCGGCGUGGGUGAAUUCGAGGCGGGCAUCUCAAAGAACGGGCAGACCCGCGAGCACGCCCUCCUAGCCUACACCCUGGGGGUCAAGCAGCUGAUCGUGGGAAUCAAUAAAAUGGACUCCACUGAGCCCAACUACAGCCAGAAGCGCUAUGAGGAGAUUGUGAAGGAAGUCAGCACCUACAUCAAGAAGAUCGGCUACAGCCCGGAUAUGGUAGCCUUUGUUCCUAUCUCUGGCUGGAACGGAGACAACAUGCUAGAGGCCAGUCCUAACAUGACCUGGUUUAAGGGAUGGAAGAUCACCAGGAAGGAUGGCAGUUCGUCCGGGACCACCCUGCUGGAAGCUCUGGAUGCCAUCCAGCCCCCGUCCCGCCCCACCGACAAGCCCCUCCGCCUGCCCCUGCAGGAUGUCUACAAGAUUGGAGGAAUUGGCACAGUGCCCGUGGGGCGUGUGGAGACGGGUAUGAUCAAGCCAGGCAUGGUGGUGACCUUUGCCCCUGUUAACGUGACAACCGAAGUGAAGUCUGUGGAGAUGCACCACGAGGCUCUGACCGAAGCAAUGCCCGGAGACAACGUGGGCUUCAACGUCAAGAACGUGUCCGUCAAAGACAUUCGCCGUGGCAACGUGGCCGGAGACAGCAAGAACGACCCCCCAAUGGAGGCAGCCGUCUUCACUGCUCAGGUGAUCAUCCUGAACCACCCAGGUCAGAUCAGUGCUGGCUAUGCCCCGGUGCUGGACUGCCACACCGCCCACAUCGCUUGCAAGUUUGCUGAGCUCAAGGAGAAGAUUGACCGUCGCUCAGGCAAGAAACUGGAGGACAACCCCAAGGCCCUGAAGUCUGGAGAUGCCGCCAUCGUGGAUAUGGUCCCGGGGAAGCCCAUGUGUGUGGAGAGCUUCUCUGAGUACCCUCCACUGGGUCGUUUUGCAGUGCGUGACAUGCGCCAGACAGUGGCAGUCGGGGUGAUCAAGGGUGUGGAGAAGAAAGCUCCCUCCACUGGCAAGGUCACCAAGUCCGCCCAGAAGGCCCAGAAGACCAAAUGA